AUGGGUCUUGUAAAUAAAAAUCAGUUUUGUAAAUAUCCUCGUCAAGAAAUAGGGUUCCAAAAACAUGCAGGAACUUGCUAAAUUAAUAAAUCUAGCAUUUCAUUUAGUGAUUGAAAUUUUGUAACUUAAUUAUUUUACUAAAUUGGUAGAUUUCCCGUAAAGUCAAAUAACAAGGGAAUUAUUGGGUCUAAAAAAAUGUAAUCUUUGAUGCAAAUUUAUUACAAUUUUGUUCAAUUAAAAAUGUACAUAUGUAAACUGUUAGAAGUCUGAUACAGUCAGGCAGGUAUUGAUUUCUUGGAACUAAAGUUGCUACCGCUUAAUAUUAAAAUUAUACCGGUCCGUAAAAAUUUGCUGUCGAUACAGUGAAACUUUAAUACAUCGCUAUUACUACUACACGGUAUUACUUAUCAAUACCACUUUGUUCGAGUCAUCUAUUAGAAUAAUUAUACCGCUUGGUAUAAUUUUAAUGCUGGAUUUCUUAAAGUGCAGAUCGAACACAGAAAAACUAUUUUAAUUUGUAUAAUUUAUUCGCUAUCUCCAUGGUAAUUUUGCCCAUAAUUAUACAUGUACUACAAAAGUAAAUAUGCACAUAAGUACAUACAAGAACCCUGAAGAGUUUGGCACCCUGGAAUUCGUUGGUCCUUAUCUACCACAAUAAUCCACCAAAUGUGCUGCAUUAGGAAGGAUUAGUUGAAAGCUUCCAUUGUAACCAUGGACAAGUUUAAGGAAUUAUUGACCAAGUCCAAUUAUCUGACUAGCUUUUUCACAUGUAGCAUUUUAUUUUUAAUUUUCCUCAUCUUAAUCCAAACGUUAAUUUCAAGAUUUUCUCGAAAUGGGAAAUUAUUACGGAAAAUUCCAACUCCCCCAACAUUUCCGCUGUUGGGAAACGGCCCUAUUUUUCUGGCACCGCUGAAAUACUGGCCGCGAAUAAUCUCGUGGAUGUGUACUUGGUGCGGCCCAACCUUUUGUGUAGAUGCCGUCUUCAAGUCAUUUAUCUUCACAAAGGAACCGGAAGUGAUUAAGAAAAUACUGCCAUUCACGCGACACUCCGAUAAAGCAUUUGUCUACAAAAUGGGUCAUUUUUAUCUCGGGGAAAAUGCAAUUGUUACAGCUCCAGUUUCUAUCUGGAAAGCGGAUCGCAAAGUGGUUAAUCCUGGACUAAAUACGAUCUCGAAUUUUCCCAAGUUUCUGGAGUCUUUUAACGAAAAUGGGAAGCGAUUAGCUGACCGAUUAUUUUCUAACAAUGAUACCAGAAAAGGGCGAGAUAUUUACGUCGAUUUGUUCCAAACAACGACGGAAAUAGUUUUUGAAACCAUGUUUGAUUAUCCCAUCCACGAUAAGCCAGAUAUUGCCCACGAUAUUGCAAAAGCAGCAAUAAAUUGUUCGGACGUGGCCAAAUCAAAACUGAUUCGUCCAUGGAUAAAUAUACCACCGACUGCUUAUCUUCUCGGUUAUACGAAAGUGAUAAAGGAGAAUGUUGCCAUGUUUAGGAAACAUUUCAAUCAGAUUCACUGCAAAAUGUUGGCGGAUGAUAAAAGAAGCGUCAAGUUUACUUCAUAUCUCCAUUUAUUGUACGAACAACGACUCGCAACCUGUGAUAAACUGGACGUGGAUGAAUUAUUUUAUCAAUUUAAUACUAUUAUUAUGGGGGGAACAGAAGUACCAUCAACCGUGUUAAGAAUAGUUCUCUACCUAAUCGCACUUUACCCCGAAGUCCAAUUAAAGCUGAGAGAAGAAAUUGAAGCCAUUUUUGGUAUUGGGGCCGAUUUUGACGUUAAAUUGGAAGACGUCGGGAGAUUAAAGUACAUGGAUCUAGUUCUUAAAGAAUCAAUGCGUCUACUUCCAGCGACCCCACUUCAUGGACGAUGUGUUGGAGAAGAUGUCGACAUUGGUCAAGGUCGUAUAAUCCCGAAAGGGACGAGCGUCCACUUCCUCGCGUGGGAUAUCCAUAACGAUCCCGAGAUCUGGGAAAAUCCCAAAAUUUUCAACCCGGACCGAUUUCUCCCGGAAAAUUUGAUAGGCCGGGACCCAUAUGCCUACCUCCCAUUUUCUCACGGUCCAAGAUCAUGCCCUGCACAAAAAUUUGGAAACAUGGAGCUCAAAGUUCUACUGUGCCAAAUUCUGGCCAAACUUGAAGUUUCAACUGACCUUAAAUUGGAAGAUGUCCGGUACACGUAUGGAAUCGUGCUACAUUUCGAUGGGGUCGGACUACCCGUCAGAUUUAGAAAAUAAAUGGACAUCGUAAUGCGGAGGAAGCUAAAGCUACCCCUAUCGGUGUUGCCAAAUCACUGCUCGUUGCCUGCAGCCCGUGCCAUCAAUUUGACAUCGGUAAACGGCUGUCAUCAUAUUCUCAUCCAACGAAGAUGUCCAUCGACAAGUAACAUUUAAUCAGUUUAUUUGGGUCAGUUUUAAUUGUCAUUAACAUAGAUACAUACAUACAUAUGUAUACAUAAUCGUCAAAUAUUUACAUAUAUAUUCGUGCUGGCAAGUGCAAUUGUGUGAUUUAAUACUUAUAAGUAUUAUUCAACAAUUGUGACAAUUUUAAUCUAUCUUGUUUAAACUCCAAUUUACACAAUUUAUGAUUACAAAAUUUACAACAUUGUGUAAAUAUCGAUUCAUGCAACCUCAUUGGAUCAUUUUUGGUUUAUGGUUGAGCAAAGUUUACUCAAGGUUGGGUAAAAAUUCAUCAAUUCGGUUUUACUCAACCUGUGUGCACAACUUUAUUUAGCCUAUAGGCUAAAGAGACAAUUUAAAUAUCAGCAUUUACUUCUUUAUGCUAAAUUUUUUCUACGUACAUGAGUAUAGAGCUAUCCAAAUAAUUUCAAUGUUAAUCUUACAAAAAUCGAGGAAAUUUCAUGGUUUGUAAAAUUUUGAAACAUUUAAAUGUUUUUUUUUAUAUAGUACAUAAUUGACAGUUUCCGAUUUUUUUCUACCAUAUCUACAUAAAUAUGUAUGUAUCUUGAUUCCUUGUAUUUAGUUUGGCAGUUACUUUUGGUCGACGUUUGACGCAACAGAAAGUUAGAAAGUUACAUCUUGUUAAUGACAUUACGGAUUUUUUUAAAAUUUGUCCGCAAAACUUUGCGCAUUUUCUCAUUUUUCAGCCGAUGCUGGUCUUUUAUUUAACUACCAACAUACAGAAUGAUGACUAUUUUUGAAUACAAUUUAGCUAAAUAGCUUGUUUCAAUAGUUGGCAGUAAGUAUAACUGCGUCAGAAGGUAAUUUUGCGCUCAUUUUAAAUCAAUAAGGCGAGUAAAAAUCAAUAUGCAAAUCAUAUGUAUAUCUGAAUUACUUAGCAAUAAUAGAAAGUUUCUUUGAUCAUGUAGUAAUUGACUAAGAUAAUCCUCUUGAGUGGCGUAAAUGCGCACUUGUAUACAUACUUACACUCUAAGAAACCCGGUAACUAAGUUAUUACCAGGCGG